UGUGUUUCAACGAACCGUUACCGCUGGCUGCGCUUAGCAGCUUUUAAAGAACUACGCAUUAGGUAUUUUGUAGUGUGCGUAAAAGAAAAUUAAGUAUUUUUAUAUUGCAUUGAAAGAAAAUUAUAAAACUAAUACGCGUUGAGCAAUUAAAUUUAAGCAAAAACCUGAACAGGCCGUACUGCAAAAAGUAAAACGCAUAUUCACGCAUACGCUAACACAACACAAAGACAACAACAAACACACACAGACAAAUAAAAUAAAAGGGCCGCUGUGGCAAAAAGUUUAGUUUAAUCUGCAUAAAUUUAUUCGUAUACCGCAAUAACAAAAACGAGUUAUCUAUAGAGGACGUGUUUAGUUAAAAAAAACAAACUAGUAAAAAACAAAAUGUCUACGACACCGAAAUCAGAAGAUUUGCUGGGUGAAUCUUGGAUUGAGCUAAGCACAACAGCUGCCAUGGCAGGCAUUAAGAGUCCCGACAGAAUCACACCCUUGCCUUUCAGCAAUGGUGAGGAAUAUUUGCGUUUGUUGCGUGAGGCGCAACGUGAAUCGAAUCAGUCCAGUCGUGUGGUAUCCUUGGCCAGCUCCAGACGCGAUACGCCACGGGAUAGCCCCAAAAGUCCACCAAACAGUCCACAGUCUGAGCUUUGUCCGGACGACGAGCUGCGAAAUGUGUACAUCAACUAUUGGACUAAGGCUGGCGAUAAACAAAACACCGAUAAUGGAGAUUGGUUGCAGAACUGGAAUCGCGGCGUUGAGGAGCUGCCGCCCAAAGAAUGGAAAUUCGAGCGUGGCCCAGAGAGUGAUGAUGAUGAGAAAAAGAAGAGCACAGGUUAUUCCAUACGCUUAAAGCGUCUGGGCGCCAACUCCCUGUUCUCCCGCGAAAUUCUUUACUCGCUGCUGUUCACCAAUGUGCUCUCACUGCUGCUGGGCGCAGGCUUUGGCUUAUGGUUGAGCAAGCGCGGCAUACUUCUAACCCGUGUGGUCAUUGACUGAAAGACGCCAUAAACAAUAAACGUUUUCAAUCUACAAUAUGCACACACA